ACUGAAUUCCGCAUACUUUCUCCGGAAGAAUUUCUCAGCAAAACAAACUCUAAGCGCGUCACUGGCUGCCUUCCUGUCGUCAACAGUUCUUUCAAGAUGAGCGAACCUUUGGUCCAAUUCAACAGUCCGAUGGACCUGCUGCCAGGUGUGGUUAAGCAGUACAGGGAAGACUUCUCGAAGCUGCCGCCAGACCAGCAAGCGGACUGUGUUUUUUUGCCCUUCGAGGCGGGUUCCAAGAGCAGGCGACAAAUGCCGUCCGCAACAACAGGGAAGACAAAGCAGUUGCCAGGUGGGCCGUCGGGCGCGAAUCUUCCCUCGCCCUAUGUGAAGGGAGGUCGUGAUUUUGCUCAAGGUUCAAGCGAGGCAACGGAGUUUGAUGACAGGCUUCUGCACCAGCGCAAUGUUGGCCGUGAAAAUUCUCAGGGCAGUGCAAUUGCCCUAGACAAGGACAACGACGAGGACAAGGAAGGACGAAGUGCUGGCCCGCAUGACGACGGAGGUAAUGAAGUAGAUGUGGAAGUUGGGGAUGACAACAUGCAGGACCGGGGCGCGCUUGCUGACGAGGACGCCGACACGCCAAUGCAUGGUCAUGACAUCUCGCCCGUCCGCGCUGUGGGAGCCGCACGUUGUCACCCCUCGACGUCCCGUGGGAUUUCGCUAUCGCAAAGCAGGAGUAAGGGUGGGCACGACUCACAUGCAAUGCAAGGACCGAAGGCGAAGAAAAGGACAAGGGAGACUUCUCCGUCUGCUUCUACUCACAAGAGGCAAGCCAGGACUGACGCUGUGAAUGAGGCUCGUGGAGCUUUGACAGCGUCCCAGGAGGCGCGGCCUCCUCGGAAAAACAGCCAAGGGGGGCGAUCUGGGGGUCAAGGCGGUGGCCGUGGCGGGGCGCGGAAAGGCUCCCAGAGGGKGAGACCACAAGAGCUGCGGGACUCGGGGGAUGAGGGCGAGGGAGUGGAUCCUCGCAUGCCCGAAGAUGUUGAUGAGCCGGUUCAGCGCGUCGCGCCCAUCGACACUACGCGUUGUUUCUUCCUCGAAUAUGAUGACCAAGGCUUUGCUACGCAAGACGUCCAUCCUCUUCACGUGGAUGUCGUGAGAAUCAAACGCAUUCCCCGCAGAAGGAUUCUGUUCAACCACCGCUCGUUGUCUGAAAACAUUGUGCGGGGCAUCGAGAAUGCCAUCGAAAGCUCCGUCAGCACGGACCCAGGGGCGUGGGAUAGGCUUGAGCUCGUGCUUGCACCAGUUGACCGCCAUGACAUUGUCGGCGGCCAGGGAAGACGGAUCACGCCGACCGAAUUCUUGGAAAGGAACCCGACAGAGUUCGACUGGUACGCUGUCUGUGGUCAGCAUACCGUUGAGGCCAUGAAGAGAUUGGACAGAAAGGACUCCCCGGCAGUUAAAGUCUAUGGCCUCAACGUGUACUCUAAGGUGCGGGUCGUCUAUUUCGGAGAUGAUCAAACACGAGGGUAUUUCAAUGUCUCCUGCUUCGACAACACACGAGAAAAUCGCUCCAUGAUGUUGUCAUUCGAGGACGCUGUCCGUGACAUCAGGCAAUGGUGGAUAGAAAACAAUAGAAUCGAGGCCCCGAAAGCUAAGGUCAGCGAGAAGGAUGCGGUGGCCGUUGCACAUCAGAAGACGUGGCAGAACUUCUUGAGGGCCUGCAUGCGGAAGGCAUGCGACAAGUCGUUUGUAAAGCAAGCUCUCGAGAAUGAGUACAGUAAGGAUUGGAGUAAUAAACUCCGGGGCUACAUGAACCUCGCCACAUCUAGUGACGCAGUGUGGCCGCUGGUCGAGAGGUUCUUCGAGAUGUUCAACGAAGGAAAGCUGCCAGUUGGCGAUGGCAAAAUCCCGCUUGACAUGCCCGGGAGGAUGAAAGGCCGCCUGCCAGGCCCGUACACCGAGGAGACCAAGGGACAAAGAACAUUGUACAAUUGCAUAUAUGCAACAUAUGGUCCCAAAGGCUCCAACGUGUCGUGGAAGGAUCUCUGUCCUUUCUACUUCAAAAAUUUUAGGGAUUUGACAUGUCGUGAGAGGAAGGUUGCGUUGCUUCUGCUCAUGAAGGGGAAGGUGGUCGCAACGAACGUCAAGGUCUUGCCUCCAAGAGUGAACAUAGAGAGCCUCCUCGACAUCAUGCGAAAGGAGCGGUACAUGGUGCGUAUGUUCAAUUAUGUUCUGUUCCUCGCCGAGGGAAGGGCGGACGACGAAUGGAACGACGUGUUCUUCAUGUCGUACAAGGACCUUGAAGACAAGUAUGGGCCAAACGGUCAAUGCGUUGCUGAAUGAGAGAAGGAACGAGACAAGUUACAAGU